AUGUUUAUACCAAGAUUAAUUGAAAAAGAAGAUAAAUUCUUAUGUAAAUCAAAGCACCAAUAACCUGUUAAAUCAGUUAUUUUGGAUCCUUUUAUAUCAAAUAAUCUGAGACUCUUAUGCAAGGUUUGCGAAUAAUAAUAUCUCAUGCAUUCAAGAAUUGUGGAUUAUGAACAGCUCAAAAAUUGUUUUUAUGAACAACAGCGUGAAAGAAUUCAAUAAUAUCAAUUAAUUAUCAACCCUCAUAUUUAAUGCGUAGAAAAUUUAAUGAAAAUUCUUGAAUCUCUUAAAUCGAGGUUAAUUCAAUAAUUUGACAAUUUACUUUGGCUCUCUAAGGAUUGGAUUACAUAACUAGUGGACUCUGCAACAUCUUACAGCUUCUUUGAAGAACUAGAUAAGGUAACUUCACAAUAAGUACCUGUUUUGGAUUUAAGUACAUUUAUUGGUUGUGUAAAAAAAACAAAUUACAAUUUGAACUCAAAGAUAAAUAUUAAACUAGAUUAAUUCAAAUUUUUACCAGAGUUCCAAUCUACUUAGGAACUAUUUGCCUAUCAAAAUAAUCUAAUUGAUUAAUAGAAUGUUGAAGUUAAGGCUUAACCAUUAAUUUAUACAAAUUCAUCAUUUUAUUCUACAUUUUAAGAUAUAGAAAGAGUCGAUACUUAACAAGAAAAUGUCUAAGCCUAUAAAAGUUUAAUUUGGGAUGUUUAAUUUUAGAAAUUUGCACAUGUUACAUUUCAAAUUGAAAUUACGAAAGACAAUAAAUUUAAUAUACCAGAGAUGGUUUCAUCCUAAGAAGGUAAUCUUUUCUGUCCACCUUAAUAGUGAGUCAUUGAAUG